AAACUUUUUUAAAACAGUAACAUUAUAUUAAAACUAGUAAAUUGUAUCCAUGACAACUGUUACAUCAAUGUUAUGCUUGACGUAAAAGUCCAAAUAAUAUUACAAUUCUGUAAAAUUCCUUUUUGAGAUCUCCUAAAUUUGAAGUACUAUGAGUUUUUGUGUUGAUUUAGUUUCAGAAGAUUCUUUUUAUGAAAAUAUUACUUUGGGUGUGACCAAACUCUUGGAAUCUGAUCCGCGAAUUUGCAACGUAAAUGUUGAAAGAAGAUAUCCAUGUGAUAGAGUUGCUAUUACGACUUGGGAACAAAGACAUUCUGCGGUCUUACCUGAAGAUCUCAGGAAUUUUUAUGCGUCAAGCGAUGGAUUCCAGCUCUCUUGGUCCUAUAAAUUUACAGCCGAUGAAAUAUUGUCAGUGGGGUCCAUUCAUGUGAAUUCGCUGAAUGAGUUGUAUCUGUCGCCGGCUUUGAAGGAUCUUCUAGAUUUCUCUCUAACAAGGCAAAAUGGAGGCCCUCGCCCCGUACUAAACACGAAGAGUAAAGUUUUCGAGUUGGAUAGUUGUAGAACAAUAGGAAAGGUGUGCCUAGUUUACACGGGCGGUGCGUGGUCAGUUUGGCUGGUGACGCGUGAGGGUACAUGGGGGUGGCUAGCAGACUCCUUCACGCAGUAUUUCCGUAUGUCGUUGGUGCACCUCGGUCUGCCCGGGUGGCAAGCCUCCUUCGCCAACCUGCCGCUCAUACCUUGGGCAGAGCAAUUGUUUCUGUUACUGGCGCCACAUUUAUUGGAGAAAGUGGAACCGGAAGUGAACGUAUUAUCUAUGGGCUCCGACGCAGGCUUCAACCAUAUUGAUCCCAACAUCUUCAAGACUUCAGUGCGACACCACAAGAAUUCCAAUCGUCAGAGUAAUCAGUGAA